GUCCUUGGAGCAGCCUGCUGACGAGGAGCAGCGUCAGUGUCCGAGCGACGUCUGUGUGUCCACAAACUGUCCCGGAAACUCACGUGUGUUUAACGGAAAGGUCAGCUGCACUUUUCUGUGAUGUGUGAGAGGGUCGGCGGUUGCUCUGCAAAGCAAAGACGGCAACUGUGACGUCAUUCAGCAGAUCGGCACGAAGAGUUCUGGAUUGAAGCAAUGAAGUUGAUCAGCGGCCUGUAAAAGCUGGAGGCAGCAUGUCGUGUGCAAAAGGUAAAAGUGGUUCAACAUCCCGGCGCUACCGUGCUAGUUCACCCUAUGAUGAUGCCACCCUCGCCCAAAAGCGGGAAUACUGGAGAACCAAAAAGCGAGAGCAGAGGGCCCGCCUGUCGGAGGGGAGGGGAACGCUAAAACAAGGUGAAGGAGGUGAAAAACUCCUACACCUGAAUGGCUCUGCAGUGGUGAACUCCAGUUCUUACAGCUCCUUGGUUGCUUCCUCUUCUCCAUUGCAGGAGAACAAUAAGUCCUGCAGAAUGCUCGCUGUGACUCCAGUACAACAGAGCAGACUUACGCCGCGGAACCAGUCAUCUGAAACCGCUCAAUCCCAAAAUGGAAAGCAGCUCCGAACACGAAAUCUCAGCAAAGUCCCACCUCAGUUGUGUUCCAUCUCUACCACAGCUGCUGGGAGUAAAUACGAGAUGACAAGGGGUGCUGCAAGCCAAACGGUUACCUCACUCAGACCCAGUGGAAUCCAACUCAGUGCCACUUCCUCAGUGCCUGUCGUCAGAUUGACCACACUGACUAUCACCAAUGGCAGCUCCGCUAAAGCAGCACCUCAGCCACGUGUGUCUAUGCAGCAUCCGUUAGUGCCCCAAAGUCCCCACAAGGAACAAGGUGCGGUUCGCAUUCAGCCGGAACCCUUAAUAACUAACAUUACCGAUAAGGGGAUUCAAGCGACAUCAACGCGUAGCUCUGUUAAAAUCGAGGGCAAAGCUGCAAAGGCAGCACCACAAAGCAGGGCAAAGAGUGCCUGGGUUACCGCCAAGAGGACUAAAGAGGAUGACAAUACCCAACCCUGCCUGGAGUCUGAGGAGGAGAGAGCAGCCAAGCGACGAGAGCAGUGGCGGCUCAAAAAGCGAGAACAGAGAGCAAAGCUAGCAGCUCAGCUCGCGAAAGCCAGAGAGAAGACACAGAAUGGGGAGGCGGCUUUAGCUUCAGCCAGGGUGGUUGUCCAGAAACUACACUCUCACUCAGCUAUGAGAGGACCAGGCCUGAAGCAAAGUCUUGCCCGUGUCUGCAAGGUCUCGUACACACCUCUCAAAAGGGAGGCAGGCAAAUUCCCAACUGAGCCAUCAAAUGUAACUCCAGCAAGCCUUAGCGAGAAUCGGCAAAUGCCUCAGAUAAGAGUAAGAGCUCCGCUGGACCAUAGUAUGUUAGGUGGUGUUUCUGAGAAAAACCUAGCAGAACUAUCUGGAAACCUUCCAGGUUACAUGCGUUUUUCUAAUGCACCUCGAGGGAUUGUUCGAUGUAAAACUCCCAGACAGAGGUUCAUUGAAGCACAGAAAAUUUUUAUGAGUCAAAGGAACCUAAGGGGAAAAGCCUAUGCUUUAAUCAGCAAUAGCAGGAAUUGCCCCAGAAUUGACCCUAAUGACACCCCUGAACAGAUACUAGCCAAAAGGCGAGAGUACUGGCGGAUUAAAAAGCGUGAACAACGAGCUAAGCUGUCACCUCAGGUGAAAGCUCGCUUGAAGGAGAAGGACUCUUUGAUGCGACGAGUGAAACGGUACCAGAAAAUCCUGGAAGAGAUGAGGAGAGCCAGGACGAUGGCUGGCCGCAGCUUGGCUCAGUCACCAAGUUGUGCCUAUACACAUGACUCCGAGACCAUUGGAGGCUUCAUCAAAGAAGAUGGGACGGUGACGGUCAACAUUCCCCAAGUUCCCUUAGAUUAUGGCACAACCUCACAUAAAAGAGAAGAAGCUCCCAAUGUGUUUUCAAGUGCCAACUUCAUGGCGCAACACAACAAGAAGAGUAGAGGCAUUGCACCCAUUCAGGUAAACCCACCAUGCCGUUCACUUCGCCCAGCACAUGUCAAAGUCCAGAGUACACUUGGUAGCCAGUCGCCAAGCAAAAGUCCACACUUACUGUCUGUCAGACUGAGACCUCGACAGGAAGGAGCGACCACCGUCCUGAAUAAUUCUGCCGCACUGGCAGGGCAGCUCAAGCUAGCUCACCCAGAAACCCUUCAAAAUGCACUUUCAACCACAGGGUCAAGUCUUGGGACAUGUGUCAUGAAAAUGGCCCUCUCGAAUAAUGUGGCAUCACUCUCAGGGCCCUCUGUGGAAGUGGAGUUGACGGAGGAGGAGAGGAUGGCAAAGAAGAGGGAAUACUGGAGGGUUAAGAAACGAGAACAGCGUGCGGCUCAUGCCGCUCAGCUGAAGCAGGCAGCUCUGCAGAGGCGGAAGACCCAAAGGCCAACGCUGCUUCAAAAAGUGAAUGACCCUGUCCCGCCGAGCAGAACCCUCGCUGAGUGUACACAAGAUGCACAACGUCUUUCCCACAGCGGUGCACCAGUCACGCUUUGUGCAAAUGACAUAAAACAAGAGAGCGAGUCUGUGCCAGCAGUUGACCUAAAUUCCGAACCAGAACAUGCCAUCUGUGCAGAUAUCAAACCCCCAGCCUCUCCCCCACAAACACCACCUAUCCCAUCUCCUCAGCCAGAGCCGGACCUGGCUCUGAGCACAGACAGCCAGGCCACCACUUUACGAGCUGUGGCCUCAAUGAAGAAACUCUUGGAGGAAUCGCUGAGCAGCGUGAUGGAAUGUAAAAGUCAGCAGACGAACGUUAAGCUAGAGCAGCUUUCAGGCCAACCGGAGUCUGAGUCUGGUAAAACACAAGGGUUAUCGGAGCAGGAAAUGAAGUCGAAUUUACUUCAGCUGUUUUUUGGCGUUGACGAGGAGGUUCACAGUGCUGCUGACGUGUCUGUUCCUGCGUGUUCACCACACUCUCAUUCUAAGGACCCACCACAAAUGACAGAGUCACUUCCACCUCUUCCUUCCACCAAUGAGGUGGCACUGCUUUCCAUUUCUGAGCCAUCCUCCCACGCUUCUCCGUACAUGCUGUCAUGUGAUGGCCCACAUCAACCUUCCACAUACAAAACCCACAUCCUUCGCCCGAGAAAAGUAGAACCCCAGCAGUAUUGCUCCCCAGAGCCACCUAAGCUGCAUCACCCCCCUGUUGAUCGAGCAUACUCACGGCCACAACAAGCGCACGGACUCGGCUCACCAUCAGUACAACAGCAUCGACGCACGGGGUCAGAAAUCUGCAGCAUGAGCAGCCUGCAGAAGAAAAGGGAGUACUGGAAGCUGAUGAAGAGGCAACAAAGGGCCAAAUUAAAAGCCAGGCAGAAGGAACGACAGGGAAGAUACGGCGGCCGGCCCGCUCAGAGGAGCAACCAGGCUCCUGGUCUGGCUGGGAAUCCUCCAGCAAAACCAGCCUUUCCCCCCAAGUCCUCGGUCAGUAGUCAGAACACUCUACACAGCAUCCCCAACAUCCUGGUCAUCAGCCCUACGUCGGAUAAUUCCGGACAGCCUCCUGAUACCAUUCAGGUCAAACGUCCCGUCAGCAGCAUUUCAUCUUCACCCAGCACAGAGCCGUUCAUUCACGUUGAGCCUUCUCAGUUUGUACCUGACCUCACCGGAGCCGAUGAAGAUGCUUCAGCACUGGGGAACUGCAGGGAGAUCACAACAGGUUUACCAAAGUGGAUGUUCCAAGAUGCAGACCUAAAUCCCUUGCCUCCUACUCUAAAACCUCCGGACAACCCACUGUCUAGCAUCAACUUUCGAAACAUACAACCCCUCGGACAAACUUUCAGUCCAAUAAAGACGCCUCAGUCAUCUAAUGAUCCCAAAUGCACGGUGACCCUUCCCUCCAAGCUGGCACCUGUAAGCACCAUGGUUCCUCCAAAACCGAUCCCAGGUGAGCCUGAGGAGGAUUUCCUGAAGAGGAAGCGGGAGUACUGGAGGAUAAAGAAGAAGGAGCAGAGGGCCAGAAAGGCCAUUCUGAACAGGGACGGCAGCCAAAGGAGAGCUUCCAACAACUGGCAGCCCACUGUGCAAACCCAAACCCAAGACACACGGGAUUCUGAUCGUUGGGUGAGCUCGUCUGACGGCUCGGAGCGACUGAGCAGCUCUGAUGCAGAUUCGUUCCCCUCGUUGAGUUUCAGCGCUCCGCUGGAAGAUUCCUCAGAGUUUCUGUUUGCUAACUGCGGGAACAGUAACAGCAGUGAGGAAAAUUCCGUGUACGACAUCGCGUGGAGAAGUCGCUACCUCAUGGACUACGACCCCCUCAACCAGCUCCUGGUGUGCAUAGUGUGCGGCGAGCUGCAGUACUCCCACACAGUGGAGGGGGCGCGUGCUCACAUCGAGGAAUCCCACCCGGACAGCUUGAGGCUGGAGCCCCACGAGCGCUUGCGCAUCCUGGAGGCCUGGGACGAGCAGGUGUCCCAACGAGAACGCUUCUUCAGCAGCCAGCUGCAGCAACAUGAUGCCGCUCUGACAGAAGCGAACAGAACUUGAAGUGCAGGAGGCUUGAGAAGAAUGCGGACCAGAACCUGUGACCCAGAACCCGCACGCUGUCUCCGGACUCUGCAUCGAGUUAUUGCGUUCGAAGCAGGAAGGUGAAAACUCAGCUUUACCUCAGUUAUCAUAAAACUCACUGUGCUCUGUUCAGUGUACAGCAGCAGAGAUUUCUUGACAUCACUCUUUUUUAUUUAAGUUGUCAAUCACAGCAUGUUAGAGUUGAAAGCAGCUCAUAGAGCAGAUGAUCUUACUUUGAGGGGAACUGCAUCCAAGUCUGGUGAAGAGUGUAAACAUUCCAGCACUUUUUCUGCGUGCUUCUCACUUUUAAGGGUCCAACCGUAACGUCUGGGCGUUUUAAUUAGUCUCUCAUUUUUAUUGGCAGCCACCAGAUUAAAAACUUGAUUUUACAUCUGUUGACACUCAGCUCACUCAAUUAUUCAGGAAUGUAAAGCGUGCGACAGUUUGGUUAGUCGGUCCUCAGACCAGUGAGGGAAGCCACCAAGACCCAAAGUCCAAAAGCCUGAAGCCAAUUUGGAUGUAGUUGUUACCGCCUAAGGUGCUCAAAUCACACUUACAGCCUCAGUAAUCGGUGGCCUGCAUAAAACUGUAUGGUGG